AUGGCCAAACCAACGCUUGAAGGUCUCCCGGCAGAGCUACUUAUUAUCAUUCUGUCGCAGAUCUCAGAUUGGGAAUCUCUCAGAUCUAUCGUGCUCUCAUCACCAACAUGCCAUAGAGCAUACCUCGCAAGUCGGCAUGAACUGCUCUAUAAUAUCCUUAAACGUCAGUACGGGCAGCUUCUUGACCUACCAGAGGCAAUCACCGCUAUCCGAUCAAAAGGCCUCUAUCUUCACCACAACGAGGAAGAAGCUAUAGCGUUAUUAGACCGCUGGCGUCGCAGAGACGAGAUCAGCCGAUGGUCUUUAACACUCACAGAACCAAUUGGCCUAGAAGAGGUCAUUAAGCUACUGCAUCUACAUAAGCAGCUGCAAUUUUUCUUAGAAGAUUACUCGACCAACAUACCACGACCGUCGUGGAUGGACCCCGCUCAAUGGGAGCAUGAAUUACCUCUCAAGAUGUCUGAUUGCGAGAAACGCCGCUUCUUGCGGGCAUUAUAUCGGCUUUAUACCCACGCCAAUAUUUUUGGGCUCCCCGAAGUUCAUCCUCAAAGCAACUCGAUUGACAAUGGAUUUGACAAUGAACAAGCAUAUCGGUUGUUCUUUGGGGCAAUGCCCCCGUGGGAGUACCAAGAAAUAGGGUGCGUAUGGUCAUAUCUCAUGACCCAGUACGGCUCAGUCUUCAAUGAGAUCUCUCACGCCUUGCGCAACGCUAUGAGGGAUACCGAAAGCCGCUUUUUUGGGGAUGUGUUGCCAGACAAUGAGUGUCCACCGUCCGGGGUAGUGGACACCGUCGACCAUCUUGAGAAGCUUCCUAAGUACGCCCAAUCAUUAACGUCUGUGGGACCGGAUUUCCUUUACCGUGUUUUACAUGCAAAGCCCUUACAUCGACGCAAUCUGGUGAUAGCCAACCUCCGUACCUAUCGGCCCCUCAUGGGGUGUUGGCUUCUAAACUGGGUCUUUAGAGUUCCUUUCACUGACCCAGCAGAUCGAUAUGAUGUUCCGUAUUUCAAACUGUUCUGGUCGACCUUGCCGCCCAUUGAUCAGCCUAACCUGGGUUGGAAAAGACUAGGUUUGAUGCCUCACACCCCUGAGCAACAACUGGAGGACGUCCUUGAGAUGAACGAAGAAGCCCUUGAACAAGAAUGGCCUUGGGGGUAUGCUUUGUGGGAUGAUUCAAGGUUGAAGGCGUGGAAAGCGCCUCUGUUAAAAGAUCGACGCGGGUAUGCCCAAAUAGCUGCUGCUCCUCCUCUUCUGCUCCUCACCGCACCGUAG